UUGAAAACAAAAAUUACUUCCCACUGUCUAUCCUCACACACAGUUUCCUAACAUGUUUACUCCCACGUUACAGUUGGGUAUAUAAGUGCAGCUUCAGCUUCGGUCACUACUCAGCAGCGUGAACUUCCACCUCAGAAGACACUGGCAGAUCUGCACAGCAGGACCAUGUUGUCCAGAAUCCUUGUCAUGUGCUUAGCACUCACUCUGACAAAUGGAGUGCCAACGGUCAUUGUGGAUGCAACAGAUGAAGGUAACGCCAGACUGUCUUUGAUCAUCCUGGAGCUGAUCAGUGGGGUCAUUGUGGAUGCAACAGAUGAAGCUCCAAAAAAAUGUUCAGAACUGGCAAAACGUCCUCCUAAACCGGGAGCAUACAUACCCCAGUGUGAUCAAGAUGGAAAUUACUUACCUAAACAGUGCUGGGCUUCUACUGGAUAUUGCUGGUGUGUAGACAGUACGGGGAAAGAGAUCAGUGGAACCAGGAAGGGACCUGGUCAAGGGAAUGUUUACUGUGAGGAAGCUCCAAAAAAAUGUUCAGAACUGGCAAAACAUCCUCCUAUACCGGGAGCAUACAUACCCCAGUGUGAUCAAGAUGGAAAUUACUUACCUAAACAGUGCUGGGCUUCUACUGGAUAUUGCUGGUGUGUAGACAGUACGGGGAAAGAGAUCAGUGGAACCAGGAAGGGACCUGGUCAAGGGAAUGUUUACUGUGAGGAAGCUCCAAAAAAAUGUUCAGAACUGGCAAAACAUCCUCCUAUACCGGGAGCAUACAUACCCCAGUGUGAUCAAGAUGGAAAUUACUUACCUAAACAGUGCUGGGCUUCUACUGGAUAUUGCUGGUGUGUAGACAGUACGGGGAAAGAGAUCAGUGGAACCAGGAAGGGACCUGGUCAAGGGAAUGUUUACUGUGAGGAAGCUCCAAACAAAUGUUCAGAACUGGCAAAACAUCCUCCUAUACCGGGAGCAUACAUACCCCAGUGUGAUCAAGAUGGAAAUUACUUACCUAAACAGUGCUGGGCUUCUACUGGAUAUUGCUGGUGUGUAGACAGUACGGGGAAAGAGAUCAGUGGAACCAGGAAGGGACCUGGUCAAGGGAAUGUUUACUGUGAGGAAGCUCCAAAAAAAUGUUCAGAACUGGCAAAACGUCCUCCUAUACCGGGAGCAUACAUACCCCAGUGUGAUCAAGAUGGAACUUACUUACCUAAACAGUGCUGGGCUUCUACUGGAUAUUGCUGGUGUGUAGACAGUACGGGGAAAGAGAUCAGUGGAACCAGGAAGGGACCUGGUCAAGGGAAUGUUCACUGUGAGAAAGCUCCAAAAAAAUGUUCAGAAAUGGUAAAUCGUCCUCCUAUACCGGGAGCAUACAUACCCCAGUGUGAUCAAGAUGGAAAUUACUUACCUAAACAGUGCUGGGCUUCUACUGGAUAUUGCUGGUGUGUAGACAGUACGGGGAAAGAGAUCAAUGGAACCAGGAAGGGACCUGGUCAAGGGAAUGUUCACUGUGAGGAAGCUCCAAAAAAAUGUUCAGAACUGGCAAAACAUCCUCCUAUACCGGGAGCAUACAUACCCCAGUGUGAUCAAGAUGGAAAUUACUUACCUAAACAGUGCUGGGCUUCUACUGGAUAUUGCUGGUGUGUAGACAGUACGGGGAAAGAGAUCAAUGGAACCAGCAAGGGACCUGGUCAAGGGAAUGUUCACUGUGAGGAAGCUCCAAAAAAAUGUUCAGAACUGGCAAAACGUCCUCCUAAACCGGGAGCAUACAUACCCCAGUGUGAUCAAGAUGGAAAUUACUUACCUAAACAGUGCUGGGCUUCUACUGGAUAUUGCUGGUGUGUAGACAGUACGGGGAAAGAGAUCAGUGGAACCAGGAAGGGACCUGGUCAAGGGAAUGUUCACUGUGAGGAAGCUCCAAAAAAAUGUUCAGAACUGGCAAAACGUCCUCCUAUACUGGGAGCAUACAUACCCCAGUGUGAUCAAGAUGGAACUUACUUACCUAAACAGUGCUGGGCUUCUACUGGAUAUUGCUGGUGUGUAGACAGUACGGGGAAAGAGAUCAGUGGAACCAGGAAGGGACCUGGUCAAGGGAAUGUUCACUGUGAGAAAGCUCCAAAAAAAUGUUCAGAAAUGGUAAAUCGUCCUCCUAAACCGGGAGCAUACAUACCCCAGUGUGAUCAAGAUGGAAAUUACUUACCUAAACAGUGCUGGGCUUCUACUGGAUAUUGCUGGUGUGUAGACAGUACGGGGAAAGAGAUCAAUGGAACCAGCAAGGGACCUGGUCAAGGGAAUGUUGACUGUGAGGAAGCCCCAAAAAAAUGUUCAGAACUGGCAAAACAUCCUCCUAAACCGGGAGCAUACAUACCCCAGUGUGAUCAAGAUGGAAAUUACUUACCUAAACAGUGCUGGGCUUCUACUGGAUAUUGCUGGUGUGUAGACAGUACGGGGAAAGAGAUCAGUGGAACCAGGAAGGGACCUGGUCAAGGGAAUGUUCACUGUGAGAAAGCUCCAAAAAAAUGUUCAGAACUGGCAAAACGUCCUCCUAAACCGGGAGCAUACAUACCCCAGUGUGAUCAAGAUGGAAAUUACUUACCUAAACAGUGCUGGGCUUCUACUGGAUAUUGCUGGUGUGUAGACAGUACGGGGAAAGAGAUCAAUGGAACCAGGAAGGGACCUGGUCAAGGGAAUGUUUACUGUGAGGAAGCCCCAAAAAAAUGUUCAGAACUGGCAAAACAUCCUCCUAUACCGGGAGCAUACAUACCCCAGUGUGAUCAAGAUGGAAAUUACUUACCUAAACAGUGCUGGGCUUCUACUGGAUAUUGCUGGUGUGUAGACAGUACGGGGAAAGAGAUCAGUGGAACCAGGAAGGGACCUGGUCAAGGGAAUGUUCACUGUGAGAAAGCUCCAAAAAAAUGUUCUGAACUGGCAAAACGUCCUCCUAAACCGGGAGCAUACAUACCCCAGUGUGACCAAGAUGGAAAUUACUUACCUAAACAGUGCUGGGCUUCUACUGGAUAUUGCUGGUGUGUAGACAGUACGGGGAAAGAGAUCAAUGGAACCAGGAAGGGACCUGGUCAAGGGAAUGUUCACUGUGAGGAAGCUCCAAAAAAAUGUUCAGAACUGGCAAAACGUCCUCCUAUACCGGGAGCAUACAUACCCCAGUGUGAUCAAGAUGGAAAUUACUUACCCAAACAGUGCUGGGCUUCUACUGGAUAUUGCUGGUGUGUAGACAGUACGGGGAAAGAGAUCAAUGGAACCAGGAAGGGACCUGGUCAAGGGAAUGUUCACUGUGAGAAAGGUCCAGUUGACACUGAUGUGCCUCCAGCUUGUCUUCUGGACUCCUCCUUCUAACAUUAGUGGAUGAAUUUGUUUCAAAGAAGGUUCUACUCUGCCCCAAAUAUCUGAAUCUCUUAAAA